AUGACUACUAUGGUAUGGUUACAGUUACAACAGCAAGAUACCAUCAACAAAAAGGAAAGCAGCUUUAGGAAAUUAAUUGCUUUGACAAUUGGAAACAAUUCCCUAACUGCAGCUUUCUGUCUCAUGGACCUAAUUUUAUUCUUGUUAGCAUAUGAAGAAUCACAUGUUCCAGCAAGCCUUUGUCUCGUAAGACUAUACUCGUCUUCGCUCUUAUGUAUGUUAAACUCCCGGCCAAAACGUGUUGUAGACACCGAAGUCAAAAAAGCUACAUUCCUUUCCGAUCUUCUUGACGCGGCUCGUGCUGAAAGCGAAGAGCGAGACCUAGAAAGUCGAGCAGAAGAUGGAAAUCUCGCUUCAGUGGCAGACAUUCGAGGAAUUCUAGUCGUCACCACCGCAAGUCUAAGCCUAAGAACUGGUCAACCUAUCACUAACAACCUACAAGUAUUGACACGAUCAUCACCAGUUUUAGAUGACUUUUCUGGAGACUGUAGUACUUGGCGAGCUGAUCAAGAUGGGUUUACGAUCGAUAUCGUUGGUGGUCUUCAUUAG